GCGCACAGCUCUAAAUAUAUAUGAAUUUUAAUUAAAGGGUCUAAUAUAAAAAAAGCAAAGAAAAUUAGAGAGAGAGAGAGAGGCAGAGAAGAAAAAGGACAGACACGGCAAAUGGCGACCUAGCUCGCCAAUUCAAUUACUGCUGCCACCCAACAAAACCCGGAGAGAGAGAGAGAGAGGGCAGAGGAAGAAAAGCAGAAGUGUCUGCAGUCGCCUCCCCGCCAUUGAUAUUUGAUCAUCAUCCUCUGAGCUCCUCCCUCUCCGUUUCUCUUUUCUCUCCUCCGAUUUCUUCUUCCGUUGCCAGGUGAUUCUUUCUUAUCCCAACUCGGCUGCCGUUCCUGCGUCUUUGUGCUUGCCAGUUUUGCAGUAUCUUUGGCUGGCCGCGCGCAAGAUUCCCCUUGACCUACUCCUCCAAUCUUCCUCUCCCACUCUGUUUCCAUCAUCUUCUUCGUCUCGUUUGAUUGAUUGACUGAAUCGCAACAUAGUCAUGUCUGGCUUGUACGCCCACAAUUUCUCACCAUCUACUGCAACUCCACCGCCAUCUGCCGCCGCCGCCGCCGCUUCACCUCAUCAUCAUCUUCCUCAUCACCACCAUCACCUUCCUAAUCUUGAUAACAUCUCCAGUGUUCAGCAGCGACAGUUUUUGGCAGAGCUGUUGGAAGAGCACGACAAGCUCGGCCCUUUCAUGGAGGUCCUUCCAAUCUCCACCCGCCUUCUGAAUCAAGAGAUAUUAAGGGUUUCUGGAAUUGUCCCCAGCCAGCACCAGGGGCUCAGCCUCUAUGGAAUGCUUCAGCAGCGCCCGUCCUUAAGCCCUCGCCUGAGUGACGAAUCUUCAUGGAAUUCCCUGCCUCGCCAGUUUGAAAAAUGGUCUUGGAUGUGGCAGCGAUUGGGAGCAGAAGGGGUGAAUAUGGACUGGCAAGCUGCACCAACGAGCCCAAAUUCUUAUGUCGUGAAGAAGAUAUUACGUUUGGAUAUUCCGGUCGAUAAUUUUCCAAAUUUCAAUUUUGUAGGUCGCCUCCUGGGGCCUAGGGGGAACUCACUAAAGCGCGUGGAAGCCACAACUGGUUGCCGUGUCUACAUUAGAGGAAAGGGCUCGAUAAAGGAUGCUGAGAAGGAGGAUGCAUUGAGGGGGAGACCAGGAUAUGAGCAUUUGAGCGAGCCUCUUCACAUUUUAAUUGAGGCUGAAUUACCAGUUAACAUCGUGGACAUGCGUUUGAGACAAGCCAGGGAGAUCAUAGAAGAAGUGCUUAGACCUGUGGAAGAGGCGCAGGAUCUGUAUAAGAGACAACAACUGAGGGAGCUAGCACUGCUCAACUCUAGUCACAGGGAAGAAAGCCCUGGACCAAGUGGUGGUAGCGUCUCUCCUUUCUCGUCAAAUAUUAUUGGAAUGAAGCGUGCUAAAAUGGGUCAGUAGUGUUUGCUGUGACCGAACUUGAUCGCUAUCGCCGAGAUACUCGGUCAUUCAUCAUCGAAUGUUAUUGCCAAUUGAGCUGUCUAUUCUUGUGUCUAUAUCAUAUGGUUUUGGAGGGGCGAAUAAUGCUUUGUUCAUGCUGUGGUGUUAAUGUUAUUUUUGGGAAAGCUAGAGAUAGGUUACAGAUUACAACUGGGGAAACAUAAAACAUUGGCGAGGGAGUUUGUGGUUGGGAAUAGGAAAUAGAGGCUAUAGGAAUUCUUUUUUAUUUCAUUUGCAUAUACUGCUGUUGCUGUUGAGCAAUUAUUUGGAUUGAUUUCAGUAAGUUAAAAGUGAAAAAGUUCUCUUGUUAUUCUUUUGUUUGAAGGUUUGGAUUAACAAUUAUGUUGGAUUGCAGC